CUCAGACGGCCUCCGAAUGCAGGUUUUUGCAUCUUUUUUUUUUUAGUUACUCGCAUGGCAAGAAAAAUCUCCAGAAGCAUCAACAUCCCCCAACCCCGGGCCUCCCCGACGCCCGAAUCCUGCAAUGCAACAAGACCCUGUGGGGAAGCGAGAAGAUCCACUUCAACCGUCGACCGAUCAGCCUUCAGAUACGUAACAAAUUUCUCAGGUCCGGUCUCCAAGGUAGUCGACUCGGAUCCAUGGAUAUUGGCGUUGAUAAUUCGACCGUCUAAAUUUCUUAUCGCAUGCCCGCGUUAUCAACUUUUCCCCUCCCUCCACACCCGACGCCGCUAUUUGGGAGAUUGACGGCGCACACACUCAUUGGAGAUAAAUCCGCCAUUCGAUCCUGGGUCAUCCGUGGACAGUGGAAGGCCGAGUUGGGAAACAAAAUCGAGAUAGAUACAGGAUAGACUGCCAUACCCCUCAACCAUGCGGGACUCAACCCCUCCCAACUCCGAUCCGGCCCAGGACCCGACGGGGAACGACCACAAUGACGCCCCGAAAAGCAAAUGGAGGCUCAAGACGUUCAUCAAAAAGGCAGAAAAAUCCCAUGGUAGCUUGCCGGGGAUUAAGAAGGUUCCUCUACCGGCUAUUGCCAUUAUCUUGUUCAUUGCAUUUGUCAAUGUCGUGGUGUGGAUUGCUGCAGGAAUUGUGCUUAGCUAUUACCCAUCUUUAGUGUCCAAUGCCGUGCUUUCUUACACUCUCGGGUUGAGACAUGCGUUUGACGCGGACCAUAUCUCGGCCAUCGACUUGAUGACCCGAAGAUUGAUUGCAACGGGCCAAAAGCCCGUCACUGUGGGAACAUUCUUCUCUCUAGGACAUUCGACAAUUGUGAUCAUCACGUCAAUCGUCGUCGCAGCCACGGCUGCGGCCAUCUCCGAUCGCUUUGACAGUUUCAGCACCAUCGGUGGUAUCAUCGGCACCUCAGUCAGCGCCGCUUUCUUGAUCUUACUGGGGCUUAUGAAUGCGUAUAUAUUGUAUAAGCUCUAUAAGCAGAUGCAGAAGGUGCUGCAUCUUCCGGAAGGCCAUGAAGAUGAGAUCUGGAAGAUCGAGGGAGGCGGCGUGCUGUUCUCGGUGCUAAAACGCAUGUUCAAGCUGAUUGAUAGACCCUGGAAAAUGUAUCCGCUCGGAAUCCUCUUUGGCCUUGGCUUUGACACGUCCUCUGAGAUUGCACUCCUUGGAAUUUCUUCUGUCGAGGCUGCAAAGGGCACCGACUUUUGGAUCAUCCUGAUCUUUCCUGUCCUUUUUACGGCGGGAAUGUGCCUCCUUGACACGACUGAUGGAGCACUAAUGCUCUCUCUCUACGUUCAACCUGCGACCAACUUUCUCCCACCCAAAGAUGACACAUCAUCCACAGCACUCCUUAUGGACGAUCAGGAGGUUGAGCCAUCAAAAAACCACCGCGACCCCGUGGCGUUUCUCUACUACUCCAUCGUCUUGACAUGCCUGACAGUGAUGGUGGCCAUAGUCAUCGGCGUUAUCCAGGUGCUCACUCUGGUUUUGAAUGUUGCCAGCCCCACGGGCAAGUUUUGGGAUGGCGUGCAGGUGGCCGGAGACUACUAUGACGCCAUUGGUGGUGGCAUCUGCGGCUGCUUCAUUAUCAUCGGCAGCCUCAGCGUGGUUGCAUAUAAACCCUGGAGAAGAUGGAUUGCCAGAAGGCAUGGCAGAACGAUUGUCACGGAUGUUGAAGGCUAUCGCGACGAGCCUCCUGCAGCGAGACCAGAUACGCCGAUAUUGGACGAGGAAAGCACCACCGCGCCUACGGUCAGUUAUGGCGCUGCUGCGGGUAAGGGGAGUACGUCUCUUACGGUAGAACCUGUGGACGGGCCCUCACGAUAAGCUGAAGCUAUUUGAGGCGUUGCUUAUCUACACCGCUGAUUGUGCCAAAGGGUAUUCUUGAAGAUAUAACGAUGGACGGAUGCAGCUUAGCAUUUACGAAUAUACGCUGGGUAGCCCUUGAUAUUUCGAUGAUAUACAAAAGUUUGGGCUUUCUUUCCAGCAAGUAUGUGGACUUAAAAGAUAGACAG